AUGUCAGAAGAAGAAACAUUAUAUAAAAUUAUUUUGGUUGGUGAGACAGCUGUAGGAAAGAGUUCGAUUUUAGUUCGUUUUACAGAUAAUACAUUUACACCACACUUUGCACCAACUCUUGGUGUAGAUUUCAAUGUAAAGACAAUCAGAAACAAAGAGACAGGACAAACUGUCAAACUGCAACUCUGGGACACUGCAGGUCAAGAGAGAUUCAAGUCGAUCACACAGACAUUCUAUCGUGGAUCACAUGGUGUCAUCGUGGUCUACGACAUCACCGAUUCGAAAUCAUUCGAUCGUUGCAGAAACUGGAUCGAAGACAUCAAUAACUACUCCAUGGGUGGAAUGAUCAUGAUUCUCGUUGGUAAUAAAUCUGAUUUACCAUCAAGAAAAGUUACAUACGAACAAGGAAAGGCUUUGGCUGAUGAAUUGGGAAUUAAAUUUUUAGAGACAAGUGCAAAAGAUAAUGUUGGUGUUAAUGCUGUAUUUGAUACAAUCGUUCAAGAUAUUCAAAAUAUAAUUAUAAAUAGUACACCAACCCAAAACACUAUAGAUAAUCUCGGUGGUGAGGGACAACAAAGAAAACCAUGUUGUGGUAGCUAA